AUGGCUCAGAGGAUUCUCAAUUCUGCCUUGGCUGUUAUCGGCGUCUUUGCUGUGCGACAACUGUACCGUUUGUAUGUAUCUGCCAAACGACAACCCGGGCUGCCUCCUGGCCCUCCUACCUUGCCAUUUAUCGGGAAUCUACAUAUCUUUCCUCGGGAACAACUCCAAUACAAGUUUACGGAAUGGGCCAAAGUCUACGGGGACAUCUUCAGUCUGAAGGCUAUGCACCUAACAGUCAUCGUUCUCAACUCGCCCACGGCAGUGAAGGAGGUCAUCAACAAGCGCGGCGCAACAUCGUGUGACCGGCCGGCCAGCGCCAUCUCGGAUCUAAUCACACCCGACAAUCUCAAUCUAGCUAGCGGCAGACACGCCAAUGACAUCUGGAGAGCCCUGCGCAGGGCGGCCAUGCACAUGCUGCGCCCCGAGAAUAUGGACACAUUCAAGCCGUUGCAGCGCGCAGAAGCUGCUCAGCUGAUGUGGGAAAUGAGUGUACGACCCGAGAAUUUUUGGGAAGAUAUCGCUCGAUUCACCACGUCAUUUUUCAUGGGUGUUAUUUACGGAGUGCGAGCGCCGAGAGCGUCUAGUUAUGCUGCCAAAGCUUUCACUGAAACACAGACCGAGUUCAUGUUGUGCAUGGAAGUCGGCAAGGCACCCCCGGUUGAUGUGUUUCCCAUCCUCAAGGCUGUCCCAAAGCCAUUUGCAAGGUGGAAACAACGUGCGCUCGAUCUUCGAAAACGGCAGGAAGCGCUCUUCCAGUACCUGCUGAACAAAGUCGAAACUCGGAUUCUCCGCGGAGACAGCAAUGGUGCUUUCAUGGAGGAAGCGUGCGCUCAGGCCAGCGAAUGGGAGCUCACGCCGUCUUUGCUUCUGCAUCUUGGCGGUGUUCUGCUCCAGGGCUCCGAUACCUCAUCAGCCAUCAUGCAGGAUUUCAUUCUCUUCCUCAGCUCGCAUCCUCAAGUACAAAAGAAGGCCCAGGAAGAGAUGGAUGCUGUUGUCGGACUGGAGCAGCCACCGACAUGGGAUGAUCUGGAGAAAUUGCCCUAUUUGCAAGCUUUCCUGGACGAAUGCAUGCGCUUCCGUCCAAUUGGACCACUUGCACUGCCUCACGCCAUGGCCGAAGAUGACACGGUCAGUCAUAAUCUCGUCCUCCUUGGCGGCAAGUUCAAUUCUUGGCAGUUUAAUGGCAUGCUCUUCCCAAAAGACGCUAUUGUCUUCAUCAAUUUAUGUAUCAACGUUUUGUUGUCUAGGGUCUUGAACACUCAUUUUUCGAUAGGGGCAAUCUUCCACGAUGAGCGCUUUUAUGAGGAGCCCUCCGCGUUCAGGCCCGAACGAUUCCUCAAUAAUCGGCUCGGGACAAAACCGGGGAUCGUCGAUGAUCCUGCUCGCCGCGACACGUUAGUUUUUGGGGGCGGUCAACGCAUUUGCCCUGGCUCUUACACUGGGAGAGCCGGUCUGGAAAUCAAUCUGGCCAACUUUAUCUGGGCGUUCGACUUCAGUCCUGGCCUCUCUCCGUCAGGCACGCCUAUCGAACACGAUCUCUGGGCGUAUACCAACGGUGUCAAUCUGGCCCCUUUGCCCUUCAAAGCCACCAUCCGAGUGCGCUCUCCCGAGAAAAUGGCGAUCAUCCGCCGUCACUUCGUCGAACAACGGUCUCUGUUGGUACCUUUUGAGCGCGACCUGGAUGCCGAAGACCAGGAGUACAUUAGAAAUUUUCUACCUCAGUCUUGA